AAACAAUCCAAUCCCGAAGGCUCGCGCAUACUGAAGUUCAUUCAUAGGCAUCGCGAGGAGGAUGACUUGCAAUUUGGUUCCCUUUUCCUCUCUGCAGAGCCCCUGGGCAGCUACACAGCACCCCCGCUUUUGCAAUGUAACCAAUCCCCUCGGCUCGCAAGCCUUCUUCCAUCGUCGGCGUCUCGUAGUUGAAGCCAAGACCAGAACGAAAACAGAGGACCGGGCUGCUCGCCAUCGCCGCAUCCGUAAGAAAGUUGAAGGGACGCCCGAAAGGCCAAGACUCUGUGUGUUUCGGUCGAACAAGCAUAUUUAUGUUCAGGUGAUUGAUGAUUCGAAAAUGCAUACUCUUGCUUCAGCGUCGACUAUGCAGAAGCCCAUUUCGGAAGAGUUUGAGUUUAGUUCCGGCCCAACUGUUGAUGUUGCGAGAAGAGUUGGGGAAGUUAUAGCAAAAUCUUGUCUUGAAAAAGGAAUAACAAAGGUGGCUUUCGACCGAGGUGGCUACCCUUACCAUGGACGGAUCGAGGCCCUUGCAGCUGCUGCCCGGGAGCAGGGCUUGGACUUCUGAAGUUUCGCUUAUUUUUUGUUAGUUUGUGAACACUGCCCGGGCGGCAUGGGAACGUUUCCGAAUUCGGGGUAUGUUUGUUUUUGCUGGUCUAGUUGUAACAUUGAUAAGAAUUUUGUGAACAAGUAAAGCAAGGUUGAUGAAAAUGUCCAUUGUCUUGCUGCUAGCUGUGUCUGAAUUCUUCCAUGACAUGGGAAAAGAUUUGCUUGAGUCUGUAUUUUAUUGUUUUGAGUACGAAUUUUUUUAACA